CAGGAGCGCACCACGACUUGUUGAUCAACACUCCCAGUCCGCUCCUGCCUCACGUACGUCCGCCCGUGUCGAAGUCGCUGCUCUGUCUACUCGAGCGUCCGCCCUGAUCCUCUCACGGUCCGUCGCUGAGCGCCUCGCCCAAGCCACUCGCUGUUCGAGCCGCUCGUUGCUCUCAGACCAGUCUUAAAAACCCCCCACAAUCCAUGUUGUCAACAACUGUCCCGCAGUACACACGUACCCCAUUCUACAAGACGACCUUGUCAAGCUCAGUCACCAGCUUGCAGCCUUUAGAAUACAGUACACGUGAACCCUUGGCGCGCUUGGACCUCCACCGCUAGCGAAGUGCGUGUACUGCAACCUCACCACGCCAACUUCGAUUCUCACUGGCUAAAGUCUAGCAUUAUCUCUUCUAUUCACAUGUCUGAUUCCGAAGAAUACUCCCGGGAAGCUGCCGUUACAGAGUUCUUCAAUCAGACGUGUGCAACCCGCGCUUCCUGUGACAGUAAAGCACUGGAUCUCGUAGGCGGAGAAGUCGUCCCCGUCGAAGUGCAAGGAGUAUGCAGCUACACCGUCUACGCUGGGCCUCAACUCGAGUAUGUUGUCCAAUUCCGGCUUAAGUCCCUGAAGCUGGAUACCAAGACGGCGACUUUGGCCGCGCAGAUCUACGGCUCUCUGCCGCCAACAGUCAAAUUCUAUGGCGAACUUGGAUCAGAAGGAGACGAAGCAGGAAAUGAACCGCUGCUGGUGUAUGUCAUGGAUCGGAUACGAGGUCUUAGUCACCUGGACUUUAUUCUCAAAUAUGGAUAUCCGCCAAAUUCAGAGUCAAACGUCGCUGCACGGAGGAACCUCAUAACGGACAUCGCUCGAUUCAUGGCCCUCUCAUGGAAAGCCCCGCAGGAAGUCUCGUUGGAGUACCGGGGGAUGCUAGCCCAAAGGUACACUGGCGACUUACAGCUCUUGCUCACAGCGCUACCAGAACGAUUCCACGCUAUCGUCCAGGGUGUGCUCGAUCACUUAGACUCAGUGUUCUCUCUCCCUAUGGUCCUGCUCCAUCGUGACUUUGGCACGUCAAACAUUCUCGUUGAGGAUGCGGCUUGCCAUCUCACUGGUGUCAUUGACUGGGCCGAAGCAGAAAUUUCCCCUUUCGGUCAAAAUCUUCAUUCCCUUGAGGCAUUUACUGGCUCACUCCACCUUCAACAUGGAUGGAAACGAUACAACGAUUACAAGGACUUGCAAGUCAGGUUCUGGGAUACCUUUAGCAAUGAGAUUCGCAAAAGUUUAACUCAAGAGACCAAAAAGGCCAUUGAAACAUCUAGAGUCAUGGGUUUACUACUCUCCCGGGGGUUCACAAAGCGGCUUGCUAAUGCAGCCCCACCUAUCCCAAUUUCCGAUGACAGCACGGGAAGCUACAACAUGUUGUUCCUUGACGGGACUCCUCCUCAAGCCAGAGACCAAGUUCAUUAUGCUGUGAGCGGAAACGUCUGGGCUCAUGGAGGAGAGAGAGCGAUUAUGGGACAUGGGACAUGGUCGUAUUUGCUACGGAAUCUUCUCCCCCUACAAUGAUUCAGAAUUCAGAGGACGCCGACAUCGGCAAGAGCUUGCUUCAGGUCAUGGACAUUCUCCAAUUUGG